CACACACACACACACACACUUCACUCACAGCGUCACACAAACUCUAUGCACAAUGGGGGGAGGUGGGGGGGGGGGGUUAAAGUUGUGCCCGAUGCCACGGCAGGUGCAGCCCUGCAGCUCCCGCGCCUGGUGGCGGGUCCGGGCCCUGCUAACGCUCUCCCCUGUCCUUUCAGCCUGGCCGCCAUGGACGCCUUGUACAGCGGCGGAGUUCUGUUUGCCGAGAUGCUGCAGGCCGGGCCGCCCUGGCUGGAGCGGUUCUGGCUUUCGGUGACCUUCCUGGCCGAUCCCAAAUGUAUCUUCAUCAUCUUCUUCCCGCUGGCUUAUUUUCUGGACCGGAAGGUUGGGGUGGCAGUGCUGUGGAGCGGUUUAGUCUCCGAGUGGCUCAAUAUAGUGGCUAAAUGGCUCUUGUUUGGUGAACGGCCAUUCUGGUGGGUCUAUGAAUCUGGACUCUCCAGCAAGGAAGAAGUCCUGCUUCGCCAGUUCCCUGUCUCCUGUGAAACAGGGCCAGGUAGCCCCUCCGGCCAUUGCAUGAUCACAGGGGCAGCCUUGUGGCCUAUCGUCACUGCUCUCACGGCAUUGGCAUCCCGACACUCCACUAGCCGGCUGGUGAAGCUAACCCCCUUCACGGUCUACUUUCUCCUCCUGCUGGCUGUGGGGCUCUCGCGCAUCUUCAUCCUGGCGCACUUCCCCCACCAGGUGCUGGGCGGCAUUGUGGCUGGAGCCGCCCUGGGCUGGAUGCUGGAGGCCUGCGUCCCAGCAGAGAGGAAGCUGAGUUUCUACCUUGCCACUUCACUGGCCUUGCUGCUGAGCGCCACUGGGCUGCACUGGAGCAUGGUCGCCCUUGGCGUGGACAUCGACUGGUCGAUUCACCUGGCCACUAAGUGGUGCUUGAACCCGGAGUGGAUCCGCGUAGACACGAGGCCCUUCGCGUCGCUGUGCCGAGACACAGCCUCUGCCGCGGGCCUGGGGCUGGCCACCCACUCCUCCCUCUACACCCAGCUGAGGCACGAGAGACCCGGCUGGAAGCAGCGAGCCGUGGGCGCUGGCCUGGCCCUCGCCGCCCUUCAGGGCCUGAACAACGUGGGGCAGCCGGAGAACAUCGUCCUAUGGUACGGCCUGAACUUUCUGAAAUACGCCAGCUUCCCGUGGGUGGUGGUGGCGCUUGUUCCGUGGCUGGUGCGGUCGCUCCCUCUCACGCAGACCCGGCCACACUUUGAGUAGCACGUCCAGUGCAUCAGUGAGCCAGACAGAUGGCGGGUCACUCACCCUAGGGGGCAUGGCUGGAACUACCCGCGUACACGUAAACUAAAUCUCCCAGCAAGUAGCAGCAUCCAUCCUCCCAGCUUCCAACAUCACUAGUUGCAACACAGGCCAAAUUCUGUUCUCCCGUCUGCUGGUCCAGCCCCCUGUGCGUCAGUGCGGCUGUGCGUGAGAGCAGCUGGCUCUGGGCUAGAGGAGGAUUGCAUUGGCUAGAACGCCUUGCUGGAAAGCAGUUACUUAGCCCUGCGUUGGCUAACGCAGGUUCUCCUCUGGCUUAGACAGGGGGCCUCACGCUAGAAGGAUCCAAAUAACCCAGUGACUUGCGUCUGUCCCCUUGAGCAUUAGCACCAAGGAGGUAAGCCAGACACAAGGCAGUGUGUUGCAAGGCGGGCUGUUUGGAGGACCAGCUGGACCCCUGUAGCUCCAACAUUGGUAGCUUCCGGUCCGGAUUGCAGAGAAACUGUUCUGGCUGGUACUGAAGACCGUGUCCCGGGCAUCACACCAUCCCAAUGCUUGGGACAGUUGUGUGUGGAUGCAGUGGGUGCAUCUGCACUAGAAAAUGUGGUACUCUAUUCUCCAGCUGCACUGCUACUACCAUAGGCUCAUAGAAAUGUGGGUCUGGAAGGCACCACAAGAGGUCAUCUAGUCCAGUAUUUCUCAGCCUUUUUGAUACCAGGGACCAUCUUGCUGCCAUCCUAAAGGCAGGGAGCUCGCAGGGACUGGCACCAGUCCAUGGACCCGGGCAUUGAGAAACACUGAUUCUAGUCCAGCCACCUGUGCUCAGAGAGGACCAAGCACAUCUAGACCAUCUCUUGACAGGCAUUUGUCCAACCUGUUCUUAAAAACCUCCAGUGAUGGGGGCUCCACAACCUCCCUUGGAAGCCUGUUCCAGAGCUUCACUACCCUGAGAGUUCGAAAGCUUUUCCUAAUAUCUAACGAUCUCCCUGGCUGCAGAUCAAGCCCAUCGCUUCUUGUCCUACCUUCAGUGGACAUGGAGAACAAUGGAUUCCCAUCCUCUUUGUAACAGGCCUUAACAUAUUUUCAGACGGUUAUCAGGUCCCCCUCAGUCUUCUUUUCUCAAGACUAAACGUGCCCAGUUUGUUUUUUUUACCCUUUCCUCACAGGUCAGGUUUUCUAACCUUUGAUCAUUUUUGUUGCUCUCCUCUGGAUUCUGUCCUGUUUGACCACAUCUUUCUUAAAGCGUGGCACAAAACGGGACGCAGUGCUCCAGCUGAGACCUCGUCAGCGCUGAGUAGAGCAGGACAGUUACCUCCCGUGUCUUACAUACGACACUCCUGUUAUUACCGCCCAGAAUAUAGUCGCCUUUUUCACAGCUGCAGCAGAUGGUCGCUUCAUAUUCAAUUUGUGAUUCACUAAGAUCCCAGGUGCUUUUCAGCAGUACGACCACCUAGUCAGCUGCUCCCCAUUUUGUACUUGUGCACUGGCUUUUUGUCGUCCUAAGUGAAGUACUUUGCACUUCUCUUUAUUGAAUUUCAGUUUGUUGAGUUCAGCUCAAGGGCACUGAUUUAACAGGGUCCUUUUGAAUUCUAAGCCUGUCCUCCAGUGUGAUUGUUUAAUACGUGGCGUCUUUCCAGCCAUAGUCUCUAGACUAACAUCUAGCGCAGGGGUCGGCAACCUUUCAGAAGUGCUGUGCCGAGUCUUCAUUUAUUCACUCUAAUGUAAGGUUUCGCGUGCCAGUCGUACAGUUUAACGUUUUUAGCAGGUCUCUUUCUAGAAGUCUAUAAUAUAGAACUAAACUAUUGUUGUAUGUAAAGUAAAUAAGGUUUUAAAAAUGUUUAAGAAGCUUCAUUUAAAAUUAAAUUAAAAUGCAGAGCCCCCCAGACCAGUGGCCAGGACCUGGGCAGUGUGAGUGCCACUGAAAAUCAGCUCGUGUGCCGCCUUCGGCACGGGUGCCAUAGGUUGCCUACCCCUGAUCUUUGCUAGAGCGUUUUAUAAAAGGCCAAGUCAUCAUCCCCAUUUUUCGAGCUAGGGAAACUGAGGCCCGGAGCCAUGAAGUGACUUGCCCAAGAUUACCCAGCAGACUAGUGGCAGGGCUGGGAAUGGAACCCAGGGCUCCUGAAUCUCCAGUCACUCUCUAGCCACUAGGCCACACUGCCAGGAAACGAGCAACGUUGUAAGUGCUGGUGCAGACUAGCUGGAUACCAGGGAUCAGUCGUGCUGGCGGAGACAAGGCCAAGGUAUUGGACAAGGUCACGGUGACCCAAGCAACGUCUCAUCACUUAGGCGUGACAGGGCCAAAGGCCUUGAGUGACAAGGCCACAGGCCAGCCUCCCUCUGGUGGUAGCGGCACUCCCAGGCUGUAGCUAAAAUGCUUCUGUUCACGUACAUUGUCCAUGUCAUUGCAAAUCCUCUGUGACUUGAAACACUGGGGGGAGGGGAGAGUGAUUCAGCCAUGUGUUUGUCCAGCACCUAGCACAACAGGGGCCUGGUCCGUGACUGGGGCGCCCAGGUGCUACAGGGUAAUGGCCAAGUGCUGGCGGCGUGUAUUUAUUCCUGGUGUUGAGACCCAAAUAAAGGACCCUGCAACUGCC